AUGAAGUCUGUCCUCUGCAUGCUGCUGCUGGCCCUGUGCUGCCUGGGGACUUGGGGGCAGUCCCCAAGGCCAAAGCCAGGACACAGUCUGGAGGAAUUCCCUUUCCAGACGCGCAGACACGAUUCCUGCAUCAUGCGCAUCAGCCUCUCUGGGCAAGGUGCUAGGGAAAUCCGGCUCCGCGUCGACUGCCACGGCCAACAUCAGGUGUACUGGUGUGAGUGGAGUGGGCAGCCAGACACAUGCCCAGCCUUCGUAGCCAAUCCCAAGCUUUAUUGGACUCAAGUCCUGCAGCAGCUGAGGCACUUGGACCAUGCCUGCCAGGAGGCCCCAGUGCUGAAGCCGUCCGUAUGCCGGCAGGCAGGGCCACAGGCGCACCUGCAGCAGAUGGCUUCCAGCCUCCGGAGCAUCCCAGCUCCCAGCCAGCACCCCCAGACUGCCAAAGCCAAGAAGCCGUCUCAGAGGCCCACUGCCCCUGUGGAACCCGUGAAUGCAGCGCAGCUUGGAAAUGCCGUCUCCAGUCCCCAGUCUACAGUCAAGGCCAACCAGCCUGAAUUCAGAGGGAACAAGGAAGCUGAGAAGAUGGCCCGAGAGCUCUUCUGGGAGCCCCUUCGUGCCGUACUUGCCUUUCUCAUCAGUCUUUUCCGAGGGUAA